AUGAGACCCCAGAUUGCUUCGCGGUCAUUGGGCUUACUACAGCGCCCGACCACGCUGCCUUGGAAUACCAGCCGGCGUGCCAUUCAAACAGCCAGCUCGUCCCGCAUCCCCAACUUCGCGUUUGCAUUUGAUAUCGACGGCGUCCUUCUAAGAGCUUCCAAACCAAUCCCCGGUGCCGCCGACUCCUUGGCCCUUCUAAAGAGCCAGGGUAUUCCCUUUAUCCUCCUCACCAAUGGCGGCGGUAAACAUGAGACUGAACGCGUGGCUGAGAUUAGCGAGAAGCUAAACGUGUCCCUGGACGCAUCGGAUAUUGUACAAAGCCAUUCGCCCUUUGCAGAGCUUGUCAAAGGACCCGAUGAGACUAGCGCGUUAGAGCAUAAAUGUGUCUUGGUUGCUGGCGGUGACGGGGACAACUGUCGCCGUGUAGCUGAACAAUAUGGAUUUAGGAACGUGGUGACACCGGGCGAUAUCUUCAUGGCGAAUCCCUCUAUUUGGCCAUUUUCAAAGAACUUCUCAGAGUACUACAAAAAAUUUGCCCGACCCCUUCCGAAACCCGUUGAUCCUACAGAUCCAACGAAGGGUUUAAAGAUUGAUGCCGUCUUUGUUUUUAACGAUCCCAGAGAUUGGGGUCUAGACGCCCAGGUCAUUAUGGAUAUCUUACUUUCAAGAGGAGGCCAUGUGGGAACCCUGUCUGAAAAGAACGGCCGGUCGGAUCUUCCAAAUCACGGAUACCAGCAGGAUAGCCAACCUCAUCUUUACUUCUCUAACCCAGAUCUCUAUUGGGCCGCAGCGUAUCCCUUACCCCGUCUUGGACAGGGUGGCUUCCGCGAGGCAUUAGAGGGUGUUUGGGCUGCAACUACCGGCGGACCAAGCAAGGGGAUUGAACUGAAAAAGACAGUGAUUGGAAAACCUUACCAGGGCACUUAUGAAUUUGCGGAGCGACAGCUACUUCGGAAUCGGGCUAAGAAUUUCAAAGGUGUAUCUGAUCUUCCGCCGCUAGAACAUGUUUACAUGGUUGGCGACAAUCCUGAGUCAGAUAUCUUGGGUGCAAAUUCUUACCGAAGUGGAAAUGGGAGCAAGUGGCAAUCUAUCCUAGUGCGCACUGGUGUAUAUCCAGGUGGUGAGCCUGCUUGGACUCCUACUACUAUCGCGGACGACGUACAGAAGGGUGUACAGUGGGCGCUGCAGACCUCUAAGUGGUCUUCCUAG